GAGCAAACGUUGACGAAGAAGGAACGGUCCUUCAGUUUACUGGUUUAAUCGGAGGACUCUGUUUUUCAUUAUUAUAUGUACCGGCCUUCUGCGUGUACCAUCUUCAUCUCCAUUUUCUUCAAUCCUGCCCUUGCAUAACCUGUGCUGUCUAGGCUAGAAGGCGUCGGCUCCUUGUUUUAUUGUGUGUCCCUUGUCACAAUGUCCAAUGAACCUUCAUCUAGAUAUGCUGCUGCAAUAUCAGCCCUUUCCCUCAGUUUACCUGCUGUUAACCCCAACCCAACCCUUACCCUCAGUUCAUCCACUGCCCCCAACCCACCGCUUACCCCUAAACCCUCUCUUAUCCUCAAAUCACCCCUUACCUCCAAAUCCCUUACCCCUAAACCACUAGUUGCCCCUACCCCCAAACCACCCCUUACCAUCAAACUACCCCCUGCUGCCAGCCCAGCCCCUUUAAAUUCAUAUCCCCCUUCACUUGAGAUUUUGGGAUCAGAUGACGAGGAACAGGAGAAUCCAUCUGAUUACUGCAUAGGUGGGUACUUCCCGGUGAAAAUUGGAGAGAUAUUCAUUGAUCGUUACCAGGUGGUGAAGAAGCUGGGAUGGGGCCACUUCUCUACUGUGUGGCUAGGCUGGGACAUGGAGAAGAGGCGUUUCGUGGCUCUGAAGUUGGUAAAGAGUGCUCCAACCUUCACAGAGACCGCUUUGGAUGAGAUCAAGCUUCUGAAAUGUGUAAGGGACAGUGAUCCAUCUGACCCCAAACGUGACACUGUUGUGCAGCUUAUUGAUGACUUCAAAGUCUCUGGAGUCAAUGGGGAGCAUGUAUGCAUGGUUCUUGAAGUGCUGGGUCACCAGCUGCUGAAGUGGAUCAUCAAAUCCAACUACACUGGCCUUCCCCUGCCCUGCGUUAAGAGCAUCCUUAGACAGGUUCUUCAGGGCUUAGAUUACUUGCACACUAAAUGCAAGAUUAUCCACACAGACAUCAAGCCAGAGAACAUCCUUUUGAGAGUGGAUGAGGUUUACGUCCAGGAGCUGGCAGCCGACACCAAGCUAUGGGAGCUGCCAGUGUCUUCUGCUCCCACAAGCUGUUCAGCAAACACCAGUCUAAGAGAAAAGCAGAUUGUGUCAAACUUGAUGGGGAAAUUGACAGUGGCUUUCCAGGCUCUUGGGGUUUGGACUGGGAAGGUCUCCAGGAUCCCGAUGGCCAGGUUGUCGAGGAAGGAGAAGAAGCAACAACAGCCGCAGAAGGGCGAGGACACUUUAGUUGGCCGUCAGAAGAGGGAGAAACCUCAUGUGUCAUUCUCUAAUAUCACCACUCCCUGUAGCACCCCUAAUUCCACCUCGUCCCCUAAGCCUUCAGGUCCUGUGCAUACUACUUGGAGACGGACCCUGCUGCACGAAGAAGCAAUGGGCUCUGACAGCAAGGAGUCGGCCUCGGCACCGAUGGAAAAUGCACCAUCUUUGACUACAAUGUCUCACUGCUCUAGACAAUCUAUAGUGUUACAUCAUUCUACCCAGAGAGACAAACUGCCCUCAUCACCAUCACAUGGGUUAAGUGAAACAGAUCUGUUGGUGAAUCUUCUGAAGCCACAGAAUGCUGAUAAAAUCAGCAUCAAGAUUGCAGAUCUGGGAAACGCCUGCUGGGUGUACAAACAUUUCACAGAAGACAUCCAGACCUGCCAGUACCGCUCUGUUGAGGUCCUGAUUGGGUCUGACUAUGGCACUCCUGCAGACAUCUGGAGCAUAGCCUGCAUGGCGUUUGAGCUGGCUACCGGGGAGUAUCUGUUUGAACCCCAUUCAGGGGACAACUUCUCACGAGAGGAAGAUCACAUUGCUCACAUAAUUGAGUUGCUGGGACCCCUUCCACCCCAGUUUGCCCUCUCAGGGAGAAACUCCAAGCGAUAUUUCAAUCACAAUGGGCAUCUGCGGCGCAUCUCAAGGCUGAAACCGUGGAGUUUGUGUGAGAUCCUGCUGGAUAAGUAUGAGUGGCCGCGGGAACAGGCAGUCCAGUUCAGUGCUUUCCUCCUCACCAUGCUGGAGCCCCUCCCAGAGAAGAGAGCCACCGCUGCCCAGUGUCUGAAACACCCCUGGAUCUCCUCAUAGACAUCAUACCACCGUGCGAUGUCUAAAACCCUCCUGGAUCUCCUCAUAGACAUCAUACCACUGUCUGGUGUCUAAACCCCCCCUGGUUCUCCUCAUAGACAUCAUACCACUGUCUGGUGUCUAAACCCCCCCUGGAUCUCCUCAUAGACAUCAUACCACUGUCUGGUGUCUAAACCCCCCCUGGAUCUCCUCAUAGACAUCAUACCACUGUCUGGUGUCUAAACCCCCCCUGGAUCUCCUCAUACACAUCAUACCACUGUCUGGUGUCUAAACCCCCCCUGGAUCUCCUCAUAGACAUCAUACCACUGUCUGGUGUCUAAACCCCCCCUGGAUCUCCUCAUAGACAUCAUACCACUGUCUGGUGUCUAAACCCCCCUGGAUCUCCUCAUACACAUCAUACCACUGUCUGGUGUCUAAACCCCCCCUGGAUCUCCUCAUAGACAUCAUACCACUGUCUGGUGUCUAAACCCCCCCUGGAUCUCCUCAUAGACAUCAUACCACUGUCUGGUGUCUAAACCCCCCCUGGAUCUCCUCAUAGACAUCAUACCACUGUGCGAUGUCUAAAACCCCCCUGGAUCUCCUCAUAGACAUCAUACCACUGUCUGGUGUCUAAACCCCCCCUGGAUCUCCUCAUGGACACAGAGUCACCACCGCUGCCCGGUGUCUGAACCCGAUCUGGAUCUCCUCAUGGAUACAGAGCAGUCUCACCAAUGCCACAGAGGUUACACAGGUGACACAGUGUCAAACAGGCUGGGACAAGUGCUUUAAUAUGAUGUUUGAAUAGUGGGUAAUGGCUGAUAUUCAGCAAGUGUUAUUUUUCAGCUGAUCUUCUGCAAUGUUAUUUUUCUGUGUGCUCAGGGAGAGCAGUCAACUAUCAAUAUAUUUUGUCUGAUUAUUUAAAACAUUUGAUGUGAAGAAAAUAACUUUUGAUUUGGAGAGAUAUGCCAGAUGGCCAGUCCGCCCCUGCUGGGAAAGGUCUAUUUUUGUUUUUGAGUUUCAUUGAAUAAAUGUUAUUUGUUUAUACAAGGCUUUCAUUAUCUAUCGCUUUUCUCUGAAUAAUAAGAUAAAAAAGAUUUUGACAGAAUUAAUAGAAAUAGGGUUGGACAUUGUGUUAAUUUAGCCAAUUCAUGUAUGAAUUCAGAAUACUCUAUGGCUGCAUUUAGACAGGCACCCCAAUUCUGAUAUUAUUUUCACUAAUUGGUGAUUGGUCAAAAGACCAAUUAGUGGAAAAAAUAUAAAAAAUUAGGCUGCCUGUCUAUACGCAGCCUAUGUGAUUCACCUGAAUCCUGUCAUAAGACCAGUGGAGGGUGCUGAGGGAGGAAUGCUCAUAAUAAUGGCUGGAAUGGAGCAAAUGGAAUGGCAUCAAGCCAUGUGUUUGAUGUAUUUGAUAUCAUUCCACCAAUUCCGCUCCAGCCAUUACCACAAGCACGUCCUCCCCAAUUAAGGUGCCACCAACCUCCUGUGCAUAAGACCUAAUAGAAUGACGAAGAAGCAGUGGCUUCAAAGGGGAUUAGGAUACUGUUCAGUAGGGCUCAAAACUGUAGCCCGGUCACCCAGUCCAUGCAGGGUAAGCCAUACCUCCCCUGUUUUCACUGCUUCCUUCUGUGCCGUCCCUUCUUUCUGUGUGAGUGUGCUGUGAGUAUGUGUUGAUGACUGAAAGUGUGCUUCAGUGAGACCUCCACAGCCACACAUUCCUCUCAGUUCACAUUGAAGUGUCAAUCUGCAGUUCAAACAAUAACAAAGCGGCCACCCAGCCACCGUUUAGGUAAACAGCUGAGGGAGGGGGCUGGAUAAAUGUAACCACUCAAACUCAUGGACAGAGCUAUAGAUACAAGGACUGACCAUCCAUGUUUUAAGGCUAUACAGUGUUUGUUCCAAUUUACAUUGUUUACAAACAAAGGAGUAAAACAAGCAUAUAUAGUUUGUUCUGAUGGGGAACGACAGCUCAUGAGGCAUGAAUAAGUUAUAUUCUUCAAAUAAUUAAUGGGUAUACAUCAUUCAUUUAAAAGUCUAAAAAUGGAUGUAGCAACUGCAGAUUGACGCUUAGGGAGGGGUUAGUCUCAUGUGUGAGACACAAACUGCUGGCAGGUGUGAAUCAGUUUUAUGGUGAGAGAGGCAGCAUCAAGAAGGACGAAUAUCACCACCCUGAUUGGAGACAGACAAGCUUCAGAUGGAAGUGAGAUCCGUGUAAUGUUAUGGCGUUUGCAUGUCUUUGAUCUGUCUUUGCAUCGUGAAGUAGUAAACUAAAUAGCUACUACCUUGUGCAUGCUUGCAUUGUUGGUUGCAACUGUGUUUUUAUGUUAACAGUGCAGUGAAUUGUCUUCUCUUUUUUAACAUCUUGUGAUAUUGCAGAGCAUUUUAACAUUUUUGACUUGUUGAAUUGUGUAGAUUUGAAUGGAACUUUUCAGAUGCCAUAAUUACAUCAGAGGUUAUUGAAGGUAAA